AGCAGCGGUACUGAAGCUUUCACACUUAUUGGCUCGUGCUGAGGCGGCUGUAUGUGAAACGUGUGUAAUGUUACGUAGAGCAGGCUGAGCUGAGCUCAAGCAAUGCGCCCGUAUGAGCCAAAGGACGGGAAAUUAUGCUAAAGUGGCCUCAAAACCAAGAUUGUCCGAAUGGGCACCCCUGCCAACAUUAGCAUGGGACGCAGACCUGGAGCUUUUCGACCUAGUGGAGGAAAUCCCUCAAACCUUCUAUGAGUUCCUGUCGGUUAAGCAGGAUGCAUCCUCAUCUGAGAUCAGGAAGGCAUAUAGAAAGCUCUCUCUUACAUUACACCCCGAUAAAAACAAAGAUGAAAAUGCAGAAAACCAGUUUCGAAAGUUAGUUGCCAUCUACGAAGUCCUCAAGGAUGAGGAAAGAAGACAAAGAUAUGAUGACAUCCUGGUUAAUGGGCUGCCGGACUGGAAGCAGCCUGUCUUCUACUAUCGACGUGUAAGGAAGAUGAGUAAUGGAGAGUUGGGCUUCCUCCUCUUCCUCAUUCUGACAGUGGGUCACUAUGCAGUUAUAUGGUCCAUCUACCUUGAGAAGCAGUUGGAUGAACUUCUGAGCAGGAAGAAGAGAGAGAAGAAAAAGAAGCAAAGCAGUAAGAUGACAGAUGAGAUUAAGUCCUUGGUACAGGACAAAAAUGAGAGAUCUGACAGGCCACACUGGCAUGACAUUUUGCCUCUCAAAUUAAGCUUCUGGUUGUACUAUUCAGUGAAGUCUCUCCCUCAUAUCAUACAGGAUGUGAAGCAGUAUUAUAAAGAUUAUAAGGAAAUGAAAGUAAAAGAGAAGGAGGAGGCAGAGGCAGAGGCUCUGGCAGAACAGGAAAUGCAGCAGAAAGAAAAACGGCCCAAGGUGAAGAAACCUAAAGUGGAGUUUCCAGUCUAUCAACCCAAUACAGAUGCAGCUUUUGUGCCAGUGUAUGAUCAGGGAACGUCCAUUGAAGAUAUUGAGGAUCAAAUGGAUGACUGGUUAGAAGACAAAAAACAGCAAAAGAUGAAAACUCUAGAGUGGACGGAGGAGGAUCUCAGCCAGCUCUCCCGCUGCAUGGCAAAGUUUCCUGGUGGAACGCCAGGCCGGUGGGAGAAGAUUGCUCAUGAGUUAGGCAGAUCAGUGACUGAGGUGACAACAAAGGUAAAGCAAGUCAAAGACUGUGUCACCGGUACAUCAGGGUUGGUGAAGCUUUCUGAUCUGAAGGGUGGUGCAUUGAUGGGUAAGAGUUCCAGAGCCAUCACAGUGCCAGACAGUCUGAUGACCCAGCGAGAGGAGACCUUAGAGCAGCAGCUGGAGGAUUCAGCAGAGCCUGCUGGGGCAGAGGACUCUGAGAGCAAAGCUCUAAGAAGACGGACAAAAAAGUCUAUGGUCGGGAGCGCUGGAACAGGAGCAGUGGAGGAAAGGGUGAAAGGACGCAGACAAAGAGACUUCGACCCCACAGCUGUAGAUGACAACAGUGAAGAUGAGAAGAAACCAUCAGCCUCCAAAGAAAAACCCAGUGCUGCUGAAGAUGUCUGGACACAGAACCAGCAGAAGCUCUUGGAGCUGGCCUUACAGCAAUACCCACGUGGCACCACUGAACGCUGGGACAAGAUUGCUAAGGUGGUGCCUGGAAAAACCAAGGAGGAGUGCAUGUCCCGUUAUAAACUGCUGGCAGAGCUGAUUCAGAAACGGAAGCAGGCCAAGAGCUGACUCCUGGUCUUCAGUAUUUCACCAUACCUCUCACCUGCUUGUUAUGUGCCUUAUUAAUGCAACCCUAUGUCCUUCGUGCCAUGUUCACCAGAGCCUGAAUUGUCAGCAUUUAAUUAUUGGAGAGAUCCCAACUGCACAUUUAAAUAACGUUUUAUUUUAAAAACGGUUUAAAGGGGGGGGUGAAAUGCUCAUUUUCACUCAAUAUCCUGUUAAUCUUGAGUACCUAUAGAGUAGUACUGCAUCCUUCAUAACUCCAAAAAGUAUUUAGUUUUAUUAUAUUCAUAAGAGAAAGAUAGUCUGUACCGAUUUUUCCCGGAAAAACACGAGCGCCUGGAGGCGUGACGUGUGGGCGGAGCUAAAGAAUCACGAGCGCCAGUAGGCUUUUGUGUUGAGAGCGUUUGGAAGCUGUGACAGCUGUGAAGGCUGAAACUGAACGAGAGCAGCAGCAGCAACGUCUCGCUCCGAGUGGGGCUCGAACCCGGGUCUCCGAUGGGAGGCGGACGCACUAACAAGUAGGCAGAGAUAUUUUAAGCAGUUUUACUCACCGCCUGUGGUUCCAACACACAAUUGUGACCCUUUUUCGUUGGGAUUGCAUCAUCCUUAAGAAAUAAAUGAUACGCAAAUCCGUCGUCAAACUGGGCUUUGUUUGUAAAACAAGCAUUUUAGAAAUGCAGGGAACAAACACAAACACUUGCUCCGAUCAAACUCCGUUGAUGCUCUGUAAAAAUAAACUCCAUCCACUGGUCCCUUGAUGCUGUUUUUUCUUUGGUAAUCUGUGCAGGGUUUGUCUUGCCCUGGCAACCAAAAACACACUCCUUUUGUGACAUUUCGCAACGCUCUCGCUCUGAUCAGUGAUUGUCUGUGCACAGCCUUAUGUGCACAGCCUCUCUCUGCUCUGCUAUACGGCAGCACGUGCUCUUCCGGCAAACGUUCCCUCAGGACCCAUAUAUGGAAAUUCCGCUCCAUCUAACGUCACACAGAGCCAUACUCGAAAAAAACUUUCCGAAACUUGUGACAAACCGGAAGGAGUAUUUUUGGAACAGAAAUACUCCUUCAAACCUACAACUUAAUUUUUGAAACUUUGUCCAUGUUUAGCAUGGGAAUCCAACUCUUUAACAGUGUAAAAAACUCAGUAUGCAUGAAAUAGCAUUUCACCCCCCCUUUAAGAUUGUAGACUUGUUGUUUUUUGUUUCAUCUAUGCAACCAGAUAAUCUGAGAAGCAGAAGGAACAUUUUUAAUGUUUUUUUUUUUUCUUUUUUUUUUUUUUAUUCUAAAACAUUGUUUUUCAGAAGCACAAUGUGUUGUGCUGUAAUCUGUUUUGGUCAUAUGUUAUAACAAAGUACUUGCAUAAAACAUGUAAUGUUU